AUGGAGAUGGACUACUCUCUCCAGGAAGUGGACCUGACUACAUCAGCAAAACCGAUACGUUCCAUUCUGCACUCCUUUUUGGCUACAAAAGUCUACCGCCCCAAACAACAGCGAAAAUCAGCAAGACAACUCAGCUCCUCUAACACCUUAACGAAAGACGUGGGAACGAACAUGAAACGAAAUGGACUUCCCCACAAAGUCCAGCCGGCCUUGAAUGCCGUCGUAGAGAAGCUACAAGCUUCUGAAAUGGAGCAUUCACAAGACUAA